GACAGAGGAUGCAAAAUAGAGGAUUAGAGAAAGUCCAGGUGAGUUUCCAGAACUCCCCAUUGUGGAGUUAGUCAAUAAUUGAAUUGUGCACAGGACAGAGUUGUUAAAGGCACCUAGAACUGAAAUCGGGUCACUGGAGAAGAUGGGGAAACUAUUGUUUCUCAUGCUCAACUCUGCCCUCUUCUGGUGCUGGAUCUCAAUCACAAGCCCCGGCGCUUGCUCGCAAAACCAAACGGAUCGGCUCGCAUUAGUCUCCUUCAAAAAUGCCAUACAUGAAGACCCAUAUGGAGUCUUGACCUCUUGGAAUGAGUCUACCCAUCAUUGUGAGUGGCAAGGUGUUUUGUGCAGCAAAAGACAUCCUGGGAGGGUCACAUCCCUAGUCCUAACAUCACAAGGCUUGGAAGGCUUCCUAUCUCCUCACAUAGGUAACCUCUCUUUCCUAAGGGUCAUGAUUUUACAGAACAACAGCAUCCAUGGCGAAAUCCCACCACAGAUUGGCAACUUGUUACGGCUUCGUAAUCUUGUUCUUAGUAACAACUCAUUUGGUGGGCCAACACCCUCCAAUCUUUCUCGCUGCUCGAACCUUGAGAUUCUAAAUCUCAUAGAUAACCAACUUGUUGGGGGAAUUCAUGCCAGUCUUGGUUCUUUACUAAGACUUCAAUUAUUGGGCUUGAGUGAGAAUAGUCUUGUAGGUCCUAUCCCUCCCUCGAUUGGAAACCUCUCAUUGCUACAAAAGCUCUCCCUGUCAGGAAAUACAUUGAGCGGAGAAAUACCUGAGGAAUUAUCCAGACUCAAGAGGUUAGAAUUUGUCCAACUAUCUCAAAAUGAACUGACCGGCGAGAUUCCACUAGGGAUUUUAAACAUCUCUGGCCUUACCGAUUUCUAUGUUGAUGAGAACCAGUUGCGGGGAGGCUUUCCCUCCAACAUCGGCACUACUCUUCCUUCUCUCUGUUACCUUUCAGCCUCCAAUAACUUGUUUACUGGGACAAUUCCUUUAUCAUUAACGAAUGCCACCAGCCUUCAGACAGUUUUCCUUUACUACAAUGGUUUCCGUGGGCCAAUACCGAAAAAUCUGGGAAGGCUGAAGAGCCUCUACAUGAUUGUGUUGAGUUUUAACCAGUUGCAGGAUGACUUGAGUUUUAUUUCUUCUUUAGUUAAUUGUUCCAACUUAGAAAUUCUCUCGGUGGACGACAACUUGAUUCACGGACCGUUGCCAAGAUCCAUCUCCAAUCUCUCGACCAGCAUUAAGCGAAUUUAUCUGUCAAGCAAUAGGAUUAAAGGAACUAUUCCUUCAGACCUUGGAAAUCUCUUUGACUUGUCUACCUUGAGUUUAUCGAAUAAUUUGUUAACCGAUCGCAUUCCCGAUUCCAUUGGAGCACUUUACCGCUUGCAGGAACUUUUUUUGAGGGAAAACAUGUUUACUGGAGAGAUACCAUCUUCAAUUGGUAACCUGACGUUGUUAAGCAGCCUUGACCUUGAAUCCAACAAUUUCCAAGGUUACAUACCGCAAAGUCUUGGCAACUGCAAGCAACUUAUCGAGCUCGAUCUUUCAAACAACAAUCUAAGUGGCUCUCUUCCGAUCGAAAUCAUGGGUCUUUCUUCCUUGUCGAUCAUCUUCAGUUUAGCGUAUAAUAAAUUAACUGGAUCUCUUCCACAACAAGUUGGGUCUUUAAAGAAUCUCGCCGAAUUAGAUCUGUCUUACAAUAGAUUGACUGGCUUGAUUCCGGCCUCCAUCAGCGAGUGCUUGAGAUUGGAAAGGUUUUACUUAGAAGCUAAUUAUUUUCAUGGUCAAAUCACCCGAGCUUUACGUCCAUUACGUGGUCUAGAAGAGCUGGAUCUUUCCAAUAAUAAUUUUUCUGGGCCAAUUCCGAGCUUUCUUGCAGAGCUCUCACUGCUCAAGUACUUAAAUAUGUCCUUCAAUGAACUAGAAGGGCAAGUUCCGGAGGGUGGAGUUUUUCUUAAUGCAAGUGCUAUAUCAGUUUCUGGAAAUAAGGAACUCUGUGGAGGUGCUCGAAGUCUGAAUCUUCCACUUUGCAAAUCACCAAGCUCUAGUAAGUCUUCUUCAACGAAGACCAUAGUGAUAUCUGUGGUGGCUGGCAGUUUGUUAUGUUUAGCUUUGUUGUUCUUGUGUAUCUUCUGUUAUCACAAAAAGAAGCAGAUGCCAACCAAUGCCUCCACUUCAUUAUCCUUCGAGAACCAAUUCUUAAGAAUUUCCUAUGAAGAACUCCUGAGAGCUACUGACAGAUUUUCCGAGACCAAUUUGAUUGGUAAAGGGAGAUACAGCAUGGUUUAUAAGGGGAUUCUCGAUGGAUAUGCCACGGUGGCGGUGAAGGUGCUUAAUUUAACACAAAGAGGUGCUUUGAAGAGCUUUGUCUCCGAAUGUCGAACUCUUGGAAUCAUUAGACACCGAAACCUCGUGAAGAUACUAAGUGUCUGUUCAGGCAUUGAUUGUGGCAAUGACUUCAAAGCUCUUAUAUACGAGUUCAUGGCUAAUGAGAGCUUGGAGGAGUGGCUGCACCCUAAGACUCUAGGACAAGAUGAUGAGUGUGGUGAAUCAAGAAAUCUAAGACUAGUGCAGAGGUUAAACAUUGCCAUUGACAUAGCUACUGCAAUCGAAUAUCUCCACAAGGGUUGUUAUCCAGCAAUCGUCCAUGGAGAUCUGAAGCCAAGUAAUGUGCUUCUGGACAAUGACAUGGUGGCUCGAGUUGGAGAUUUCGGGCUUGCUAAGAUCAUUUCAAUGGUAUCUGCUGAAGCCACAAGAGUUCAGGACCAAGACAAUUCAACUUCAACCGCAGUCAAAGGAUCUAUUGGCUAUGUGCCUCCGGAAUAUGGCAUGGGACACAAGGUUUCCACACUUGGGGAUGCAUACAGUUACGGCAUUCUAUUAUUGGAGAUGUUCACUGGAAAGAGACCUACUGAAGAGGCCUUUGGGCACCAUCUUGGCCUCCACAACUUUGUCCGAAUGUCUCUUCUAGAUCGAGCAAUGGACAUCAUAGACUUAAGGCUUUGGAGUGAAGCUGGUGAUCAACAGAAAGAGAGCAAAAUAAGAGAUUGCAUUAUCUCUGUAUUCAAAGUUGGAGUUGCAUGUUCGAUGGAAUCGCCGCUGGAUCGAAUGGACAUGACCGAGGCACUCAAGAAAUUACACUUGAUCAAGGUCAGUUACGAAACCAAAGAGAGGAGGGUAGUUAUGUAGCUAAAUCAGUUUUCUCAUUUCAUCUUAGAACUCUCUCAAUAGUAGAAAAAAUCAUCGGGCAAAGGCAAUGCUAGCAAAUUGACAUGAAUGUCUCCCUAACUAGUCUACCUACCCAUAGCUACUAUGUCUAUUUUUAAUGAUGACACCAAUAUCUAUAUUUAAAAGUUGUAGAAAAUGGAUGUAUGGAGUUAUAGUCUAUCUAUUUCCACCAUGUAACCAUGUAAAAUUUGAUGAAUUUGCUUAUUUGCAAGGUUCUCUUUAUUUCUUAUGCAUUA